AUGUAUUCUAAUUCUGGAUAUGUAUUUUCCCAGGUGGCUGGGUUAAAAGGGCUCAUGAACCAUGGUUCGACCUGUUACAUGAAUGGAGUACUGCAGUGUUUGAUGGGCAGUGAUGAUUUUAUUGCUUCAUUAGCGAGUACUAAUAAAUCUGGGCCUGUGUCCUCUGCACUUUCAAGAACCCUGUUGUCGUUAAAAUCUGAGGGAGAGGCUGAGGAUAUAUCAGAUUUGGUGUAUAUUAUUGCUCAACACUGGGAGUUUUAUCGGCCCAACAUGCAAAUGGAUUGUGAGGAGUUCCUUACGUUUCUUAUUUCUACCCUUCACAAGGAGAUGAAAACUGAAACUACUACCUUGGAUGUGGUGCAUACGGGGGACAUGCUGGAGGACUGUGUCAAUGUGUGGACUUCUCUUAACACCUCGAUUAUGUCAAGCCUUUUGUACAUCCAAACUGUGACAACAGUAUCAUGUUCUAAGUGUCACUGCUCUUAUGGAGAGUAUUCAGAUGUCAACAGUCACUUAUCCGUGGAGCUGCCAAGCAACAUCACAUCCCUCAAACUUGAGGUAAGAUUUUAUGAAGCACUGCUUAGGGGUCCCUAUUAUCGAUAA